AUCCUUUUCCUCCCUCCACCAAAACCAAACCCAUUCCAUUUUUUUUUUCUUUUUUUCAAAACAACAGAGCCCAAAACGUGAAAAAAAUGGCAGCAACAACGUCGUCGUCUCACCUUCUUCUCUCAAGCUCACGCCACGUGGCUUCAUCACCUCAGCCUUCAAUCCUCUCUCCGAGGUCUCUCUUCUCCUUCAACGGCAAACGAUCAUCAACUGCUGUGAGAAACCAUCACUAUGUUGGGAGUGGAGUGAGGUGUAUGGCUGUGGCGGCUGAUGCUGCUGAGACGAAAACUGCGGCGAGGAAGAAGAGUGGAUACGAGCUUCAGACGUUGACGAGCUGGUUGUUGAGACAAGAGAUGAAAGGUGAAAUUGAUGCUGAGCUGACGAUUGUUAUGUCCAGCAUAUCCAUGGCUUGUAAGCAGAUCGCUUCACUUGUUCAACGUGCCGGAAUCUCUAAUCUCACCGGAGUUCAAGGCGCCGUUAAUAUCCAGGGAGAGGAUCAGAAGAAGCUUGACGUCAUCUCUAAUGAGGUGUUUUCCAACUGCUUGAGAUCAAGUGGAAGAACAGGGAUCAUAGCAUCAGAGGAAGAGGACGUGCCAGUAGCGGUGGAGGAGAGUUACUCCGGCAACUACGUCGUCGUUUUUGACCCUCUUGACGGUUCCUCCAACAUUGACGCCGCCGUCUCUACCGGUUCUAUCUUCGGUAUCUACAGCCCCAAUGACGAAUGUAUUGUCGACGACUCCGAAGAUAUCGCAGCUCUUGGGUCAGAAGAACAAAGGUGUAUAGUAAACGUGUGCCAGCCAGGGAACAACUUGCUAGCAGCUGGCUACUGUAUGUACUCGAGCUCAGUUAUCUUCGUUCUUACUCUAGGCAAAGGCGUUUUCUCCUUCACGCUUGAUCCAAUGUACGGUGAGUUUGUCCUCACGCAAGAAGACAUUCAGAUCCCUAAAGCCGGUAGAAUAUACUCUUUCAACGAAGGGAAUUACCAGAUGUGGGACGAUAAACUAAAGAAGUACAUUGAUGACCUCAAGGACCCUGGUCCAAGUGGGAAGCCUUACUCCGCAAGGUACAUUGGAAGUUUGGUCGGAGAUUUCCAUAGGACUUUGCUGUACGGUGGUAUUUACGGGUACCCUCGUGAUGCAAAGAGCAAAAAUGGAAAGCUUAGGCUUUUGUAUGAGUGUGCACCAAUGAGUUUCAUUGUUGAACAAGCCGGAGGAAAAGGGUCUGAUGGACACCAGAGAGUACUAGAUAUCCAACCGACUGAGAUUCAUCAGAGGAUUCCACUAUACAUUGGAAGCACAGAUGAAGUGGAGAAGCUAGAGAAGUACUUGGCUUGACUCUUGUACCAAACAUAAGCCAUUUAAUUUCUAUUGUAAGCCAAUUUCUGAUUACAUGGUACAUGCGCAUAUAGAUGCAUAAAUGGUGAAAGUCAUAUUUUGUUGUUGAUAUGAA